UCUACAAAACCGAUUAGCCCAGUAAACUUUGGAGCUUCAUCAGAAUUACUCCAAGAAACCCAUGCGUGCUUCUUUUCGCUCAUACGAGAUUUGUUUUGUGCAACAUCGCUCCACAGAAUGCAGUAUAAUGAAUUGCGAUCGCGCAUCGACGUCUGGCUACGUAACCCCAUUACAGCAUUAAAUGACUGGUAUGCCCAGGCAGAUAACUGGUCCGGCCUACUAAUGUCCGCUAUAAACUUCCUGGCUGGCGACUUUGUUGACCUACCUGAAGAGUAUGUUCCAUACAUCGAGUUCAAACCACAGCAAAACAUUUUCCAGUGGAUUGGAGCAGGCCGGGACUCUGACACACGUCUGUCAACACUCUGUAAUUUUUGGCUGCAACGCCAAUAUGAAGUGCCAGAACGGGCGCAAGCAGCUCUUUGCCCAAAUCUUACAGAAUCGUCAAGUGAUGCAGCAGGAAUAUCUACUGCUGGUCUUAACUCCAUAGAAAUGGAGGAACCUGCCAUUUCAUACGAUGGGGGCGUAUCGCCGCCGCCGCCACCACCACCGAGAUGCCCCACUACAUGGACAGUGUGUGCGGCUACAUCUGAAGAAGUCAUUGAGUUCCAGCGCCAGGAGCGCGAGCGAUUCGAGCAACCGCACCGGGCUUACACGUAUAGAAUGCACGGCUAUGAAAGCGUUGUUGGCCCAGUCAAAGGAAUAUACACACAAAUGUAUGCCUUGACUAAAGCUCGUGGACAUAGCAUGAUGAUCGGCAAUCGUCCCAAUUUCGUCACCAUACUAACACUUGUCCGCGACGCCACAGCCCGUUUGCCAAAUGGUGAGGGUACACGCGCCGAUAUUGCUGAGCUAUUGAAAAGCUCGCAGUACAUAAAUUUGAAGGAGGGCGAAAAUGUGCUACAAACAACAGUGAGUGGGGCCUUAGAUCGUAUGCAUACUGAACACGAUCCUUGUGUACGCUAUGAUCCAAAACGUAAGAUUUGGAUUUAUCUGCACCGUAAUCGGAGUGCAGAGGACUUUGAGCGUAUACACCAACAACAUCAGGGUAUAGGAAAAUCUAAAAAAGUAGUGCAUCGCAAACCUAAAACGAAAAAUUCGACCGCAGCGAAAACCCCAUCUGAAAUAGCAGACAGCAACAAUAUAAUCUCUACUGGCGACGAAGAGAAUAUUGCUGGAUCUAUAGCACCGACCAAUAAUAUUUCCAAAGUUGGCACAGCCUUUUCCAUGCCUGCAUUGGUUCCAGCAAAUCCAAUUAUAGUUAGUAGCCAAAGUGCCCAAACACAGCAGAAAGUAGCAUCUGUCACAUCAAAACCAGCAGUAACACGGUCUCUUCCGGUUCCGCCACUUAAGUACAACAUACCACAGCAGAAGUCGUUGCUCAAGUCAACUAUGCAGUCGCAUCCUCAACGACAGCAGCACCAACAAACUAGUACUACUGUUGGCAUUGACACUCAAUUGCAACACAACCAGAGAAUCCAACAGCGUGUAGCAAAUAUCAAUAAGAACACUCCUACAGAAAUAAAUUCAGAAGAGGUCAAGGUCAACAAACAGUUAAAUUUAACCAUAUCACCAACCAAAUCCAACUUAUCGGUAUCUAAUACUGGUGGUGGAAAUUCUACGCCCAUUAUUGUAGCUACACCAACCGGUCUUCAAACAGUGCACGUUUCAAACGCCACUGUCCUGACAACAUCAACGGCGAACUCCGUUCCCCAAGUAAUGCAGCAGUCUUCCUUGACUGCAACUCUGGGUGGCAAGAAAUUGGCUCUAAACAAACCAAUAUUCAUCAAUCAAAUUAGGGGCCAAUCAGCAACGGCUACUACAUCAAAAACCAAAGUUUCUCCACAGCAAGUUUACAAGCAACAACUCAAUGUAAGCCAGCAGCAACAACAAAAGCACGCACAAGGUUUUAUAAUUCCAAUAAGCAUGGCAAAUUCCAUUGCUGGCUCCGUGAGCGUAGAAUGCCAUAGCUCAGUACCAAAAGAUUCAAAUUUGCGAACAUUGCCCGUUACCUCUGGAUCUAGUGAAGGUACGACCACGAUUUACAUGGACAACGCACAGUUCAUUAGUACCUCCGACAGCACGCCACAGGAACAAAUACAACAAAAGCAAACACAAGCGAAAAACAUUAUACGAUUAGUGCCAAGCAUUUCCAGCGGUGCAGUGAAAUCGAUUUUACAGUCGACUUCAGCUGGCAGUGUUGUCAAUGCCAGAAAACAGCCUGUGCAUAUUAUUGGACACCGCGUUGUGACUGGUAAUGCUGGCACAGGAGCAGGACGUGCUCAGCCACAGCAAGGUAAACAACUAGGUAACAGCGGUGGCCCGCAAACCUGUGGGGUUGCUUCGGUCGUGGCAGCAGGAAGCGGAUCUACGCUCAUAAAAAUGUCGCCACAGACAUUUGCAACCUUGCAACAAAAACAGGGCCAACAUGUUGUUGUAAAGCAGUCUCCCGCCUCCUCAUCGUCUGCAACAAACCAGCAACAUCGUGUCUAUGAUAAGACCACAUUUUUGAAAAACACUACGAUUGUUACCCAGCCUGCCACUUCAUCUUCACAAGCCAUAAGCAAAACGAUCUUUAUGCAACAAUCUCCCACCACUCCAGUCAUUCAUAAGUCAGGAAACGGUGCAACUUCCGUAGGCUCACAAACCUCAUCUGUACCUAUUACUUCAGCUGGAAAGGUGCACACCAUUAGUGCCACCAAUCUUUCUUCACAGCAACAACGUGUACUUCUCCAGAACUUAAAGCAACAGCAGCAUAUGCCACAAAGCUCGCAAUUAAAAU